AUGGAACUCCUGCGGGAUCGAGGGUACCUCAUCACUCAGGAAGACCAGGACAUGACAAAGGACCAGUUCCGGGAAAAGUAUGGGGAUGAGCCCCGAAAAGACGACCUGACCAUCCUGGCACCCAAACAGGACGACCCAACAAACCAGCUGUUCGUCUUCUUCCCAGAGGAGGCCAAGGUCGGCGUCAAGACCAUCAAGGUCCUGGCCGAGCGAAUGAGGGCGGAGGGGGUUCAGCGGGCGCUGAUGGUGGUGGCGACCAACAUGACACCAUUUGCCAAGCAGUGUUUGCAGGAGAUGCAGCCAAAAUACGUGAUAGAAUUGUUCAAGGAGGAGGAGCUCCUGGUCAACAUCACCAAGCAUGUCCUCGUGCCCGAGCAUCGCAUCCUGAGCGCUGAAGAGAAGAAGACACUACUGGCACGCUACAAGGUCAAGGACACGCAGCUGCCCCGAAUUCAGUUCAAUGACCCCGUGGCCAGAUACUAUGGCGUGCAGCGCGGGGGCGUGGUGCGCAUCGUGCGGCCCUCCGAGACAGCAGGGCGGUACGUGACGUAUCGCCUCUGUGUCUGA